ACCGGCUGCAAGCGCACUAGCACCGAGGUCCCAGUAAACACGAUGGCGCUCGGAGCUGCCAAGCGAUCCAAGUCAGAGCCGACGACCCUCGAGACACUCGGCACCGACGCGCUCCUCAGCAUCGUCUCGUUCCUGCAGCCGAACGACGCGCUCAACCUCUCGAGUGCCAGCCCGGCGCUCGACGCGGCCAUGGACAAGUCGGUGUGGCGCUACGUCUUGCUGGAGCAAUGCGGCGUCAAGCCAAAGGUACUCAAGCCGCGCACGCAGCUCCGCAAGAUGGUCGUCGGCCAUGUCGAGAAGAAAACGUGCCACCACUGCGGCCGUUUUGUAGUCCGUGGCCUGUACACGAUCGACGACCGCAACGAACACUAUGGCAAAAAGCUCUGCAUGACGUGCAUGGAAAUGCCAGUGUUCAAGGAGAUUGGGCACAUGGAGGCCCUUCGCAAGUACAAGCUCAAGCACCACGAACUGCAUACGCUGCCAGUACGUCUCGCCCCCGAUGGGUACUACACCUACGACUACGAGCCGCCUAUGAAGAAGAUGUACAACCUCCAGGUUGUCUUGAACCUUGUGGCCCAAUUGCGAUAGGCACGUUCGAUGUAAUAGACAACAUCGU